AGCGGGCGGCGCGCGCCAUGGCGGCGGGGAGCGGCCGGGGUCCUUCAGGGCACGGAGCCUGGCAGCGCCCGUACCUGAACAUCUUCAAGCACUUCCGCGUGGAGGAGUGGAAGCGCUCGGCCCGGGACGGAGACGUGGCUGCCGUCACGGUAACGGAGGCGGUGGCACGGCAGGGCGGGGGGCAGCGGCACCACGGGCAGGCAGCGCUGACCCCGCCGUCACCCUUCCGGAAGGACGCGAGGCUGAAGGGGAGCGUGUACCGCAUCCGCGGCUCCGUGCCCGGCAGCAGCUACCUGCAGCUGCCCCGGACGCCGACGCAGUCGCUGGGGCUGACGGGACGGUACCUCUACGUGCUCUUCAGGCCCGUGGCCCACAAGCACUUCCUGGUCCACCUGGACGUCAGCACCCAGGAGAACCAGGUGGUUCGGGUCUCCUUCUCCAGCCUGUUCAAGGAGUUCAAGUCCACGGCCACCUGGCUGCAGUUCCCGUUUGUGUGCGGGGCAGCGAGGCGCGAUGCCCUGGGAGCAGCCCCCGCUGACGUGCGCUGGACCUGCCUGGUGCUCGACCUCCGCUCCAUCCUCUCCCUCUACCUGAGCCGCCGCUACAGUCACCUGAAGAGCAUCAAGCUCUGCUCCAGCCUGCUGGUGAAAACCCUCUGCACCAGCGACCUGCUGUUCGACCCAGGGGUGACGCCAGGACACCGGCCCCGCCGCGGGCUCAGCGCCAUGCCCAGGGAAAUGGCCUUUCCCGUGCCCAGGGGAGAGCAGUGGCACCAGCUCUACGACUACAUCAGGUUCCCGUCUGAGGGCUCCUCGGUGCUGGUUGACUCCAUCCAGAAGAGCUGUGCCAGUCCUGCAGCAGGUGGCCAAAGCCCAGCGGACCCCGGCUGCCAGCUGCCGCAGCCAGGGGCACUCGCCAAAGCGCUCCGGGACCGACUGUCCCUCGUCCAUCAGAUAACCAGUCCCGAAGCUGUGCCACGCCGGUGUCCUGUAGUUAUGAGACACAUCCCUGAGGUUCAGCUCCCUGCCCCAGGGCCCCUGAGAGCUGUGGCUGCUGCGGGGCAGGAGAAGGAGCAGAGGCCACCCAGUGUGGCAGACGUGGCGCAGGCAGCAGCAGUCGCUGAUGGUGACGGUGGCAUCCACGUGUACGCUGCCCCCAGGAGCAGGCGCUGCCCCCAGACUGUCCCCAGCGCCUCGCAGGGGAGGCUCUUGCCAGAUCCCAUCCUGAGGCUCAGAACGAUUAUUGGCUUUGGAGGCUGCAGCACCAGAUGGGUGCUGUGGACUCAGGACAGCUCUGUGGUGGUGUACCCCUGCCAUGCUGUGAUAGUGGCCCUGCAGAUCCACACAGGAGAGCAGAGGUUCUUCAUGGGACACACAGAUAAGGUGUCAGCCCUGGCCAUGGACAGCAGCAGCACGGUGCUGGCCUCGGUGCAGGCUGGGCCUCGGGCCGUGCUGCGCCUCUGGGACUUCCCGACCGGCUCCUGCCUCUCUGUGUUUAAAACCCAGGCCCAGUCCCUGUUCUCCCUGAGCUUCUCCCGCGACGGAGCCGUUCUGUGCGGCGUCGGGAGGGACGGCCACGGCAAAACGAUGGUGGUGGUGUGGAACACAGCCCAGGUGACCCAUGGAGGGGAGGUGGCUGUGCUGGCCAAAGCACACACAGAUGUGGACAUCCAAGCCUUGAAGAUUGCCUUUUUUGAUGAUACCAGGAUGGUGUCGUGUGGCAGGGCCAGCGUGCGGCUCUGGCGCCUCAGGGCCGGGUUCCUGCGCUCCUGCCCCGUCGCUCUGGGCGAGUUCCAGUCCCUGCACUUCACGGACCUGACCUUGGAGGAGCCGCAGGCGGCCGCGCGGGACCGGCCGGGCCACACGCUUUUUGUGUGCAGCAGGAGCGGCCACGUGCUGGAGCUGGACUACGAGAACGUGUGUGUGAGGAGCGUGCGGCGGCUGCUGCCCACACAGCCCCAGCACUGCCCAGGGCAGGAGCAGCCAGGCAACGGGGCAGGCCCUGGGAUCGCCAUCAACAGCAUCAGCAUCUCCUCAGCCUUCUGUGCCACGGGCUCAGAGGACGGCUACCUGCGCCUCUGGCCACGGGACUUCUCAGCCGUCGUGUUGGAGGCCGAGCACGAGGCUCCGCUGAGCUGCGUGUGCAUCAGCCCCGACGGCCGCAGGGUGCUGUGCAGCACGGCAGCUGGGAGCCUGGGCUGCCUGGACAUCCCCUCCUGGGGCUACAGCACCCUCAUGCGCUCCCACGGGGGCUCUGUCCUGGCCUUCUCCACCGAAGGGCUUCGGAAGCAGAUGGCAACAGUGUCUCGGGACAACAGCGUCCGUGUGUGGGACCUCAGCUCCAUGCAGCAGCUGUAUGACUUCACAGCUGCUGAUGAAAGCCCCUGUGCUGUGGCCUUUCACCCUGCCCAGCACCUCCUGGCCUGUGGCUUCGACAGCGGGACGGUGCGGAUCUUCGACCUGGCCUCCUCUGACCUGCUGGUGGAGCACAAGCAGCACCACACAGUGAUCACUGGGCUCACCUUCUCUCCAGAUGGCAAGUUCAUGUUCAGCUCCUGUUUGCAGGGAACCCUGGCUCUGUACAGCUGCACAGAGCAGAGGAGCCACGUCCUGAGAGUCCUGGGGAACGUGGUGGCCGCGGCGGGCGGGAGCGGGUCCGAGGCGCUGGCGGUGAGCGGCGACAGCCGGCUCCUGGCCUUCGUGGGGCCGUCACGGGCUGUGGUGAGCGUGCUGCAGGCCUGCUCGCUGCACCAGCUGCUGAGGGUGGACAUCAGUGUCCUGGACACGAACUGCACGGCCUUGGGCUGCUCAGCCAGAGUCUGCUUCGCUCCUGUGCCUCGGGGGGAGCUGCUGGUGGCCACUUCUGCCAGCAAACUCCUCGUGCUGGACACAAGGACGGGACGGCUGGUGCGAGAGGUGUCUGGUGUGCACAAGCUGUGCUGCUCCUCCCUGGCCCUGAGCAGGGAUGGCAGGUACCUGCUCACUGCUGGUGACAAGGUCAUCAAAGUCUGGGACUACCAGAUGCGCUUCGAUGUCAACUUCCAGGUGUACAUCGGGCACUCAGAGCCAGUGUGCCAAGUGGCCUUCAGCCCAGACCAGCAGCACGUCCUCAGCGUGGGAGAUGCCAUCUUCCUGUGGGAUUUCCUGGCUCCCCCUGAGGGGGCCUCGGUGCCAGCUCUGCUGCCAGGAGCAGAGGACAGAGGGCAAUUGGCUCCUCCUGCAAGAGGGAGCUGGAGCAACAAGCAUGGAGGUGUCACCAGCCACCAGCCCAGCAGGAUGAGGGGACCUAAGGGACGCAGGAGGUUUGACAGCCCUUGUCUGUUGGCAGAAGGCAGCUCUGGGAAGCUGAAGGAUGCCUGUGAGAGCCCUGAGCAGCCAGUUCCCGUGCCGCCGUGCCGGGGGGUCAGCGCCGUGCGCCCAGCGGCGUGUCCAGGUGUUUUCUCCGAGUUGGACCCAGAGGAGGAAGCAGAUGUGCCAGGCAGCAGCAGGAUAGGGGCAAAGGGGGACAAGGAUGCCUCAGUCCCUGUGGUGGAGUUGCUUACGAACGAGGAGCUGCUUGUUGUGAGGCCCAAAGUGAGGCAGGAGAGCUCGAGGUCUCCUGGAGGACCAGCAAAGGAGCUCAGAGAGGACAGCCAAAGUGCCGAGUCCCCGUGCCCCAUCCGCCCAGACUGCUACCGGCACUUCACCCCUCGCUUCAGGGCCUCGCUGCUCCCGCAGAGUUUCUUGCCUGCUCCAGCUGGCAGCGAGGUGCUGGAGCUGAAGGCAGUGAUCGGCUACAACGGGAACGGCAGAGGGAACAUGGUGUGGCACCCAGACACGGGCUUCUUUGCCUACACCUGUGGCUGCAUCAUCGUGGUUGAGGACCUGCACUCGGGCUCCCAGAGCCACUGGCUGGGCCAUGCUGAGGAGAUCUCUGCCCUGGCUGUCAGCCACGAUGCCCAGGUUCUUGCCUCUGCCUCAGGAAGGAGGAAUGGAGACUCCCGUUGUCAGAUCUGCAUCUGGAACAUCCAGGAUGGGGUUUGCACAGCAAAUCUCUUCCACCACCAGACACAAGUCCAAGCCAUGGCGUUCUCGAGGGACGACAGAUUCCUCGUUACCCUGGGGGACUACAGUGACCAGAGCCUGGCCCUGUGGGACACCUCCACCCACCAGCUCCUGGCGUCCACGGCGCUCUCGCAGCCAGCGCAUGACGUGGCUUUCAGCCCCUUCUCUCACCGAGAGCUGGCCUGCGUGGGCAAGGGAGCUGUGAUGUUUUGGCUGUUGGAGCAGCAGGGAGCUGAUGUCAGCCUCAAGGUCCAUCAGGCCCCUGCCCCGGCCGUGCUGGGGCCGGUGGAGCUGACGUCUGUCUGUUACGGUGCUGACGCCCUUCUGUACAGUGGCACCAACUCAGGGCACGUCUGUGUGUGGGACACCCAGCAGAAUCGCUGCUUCAUGACCUGGGAGGCUGACGAGGGCGAGAUCGGCGUGCUGGUGUGUGGGCACCACCGGCUGCUGAGCGGCAGCAACACGAAGCGCAUCCGUCUGUGGGCAGUGGCUGCUGUGCCCGAGCUGAGGCUGAGGGGGCCCGACGCCAGGUCCAGCUCAGUCCUGCUGGAGCACGAGAUGCCCCUGGACGGGACGAUAGUCAGCGCAGCCUUCGAUGAGUCCCUGGAGAUGGGCAUCGUGGGCACCACGGCAGGGACUCUGUGGUACAUCAACUGGGCCGAGAGCACGAGCAUCCGGCUCAUCAGCGGCCACAAGAACAAGGUCACUGCUGUGGGCUUCAGCCCUGAUGAGACUCACUGUGCCACGUGUGGGGAGGACGGAAGCGUGAGGGUUUGGUCUCUGGGCAGCAUGGAGCUGGUGGUGCAGUUCCAGGUGCUCAACCAGAGCUGCCAGUGCCUGGCCUGGAAGCCUCAUGCUGCUGCUGCCCGGGGAGCUGAGAGCCAGCACGUGGUGGCAGGGUACAGCGAUGGCACCAUCCGCCUGUUCAGCGUUUCCAGGACAGAGAUGGAGCUGAAGAUGCACCCACACAGCACGGCACUGACAGCCAUCACCUUCUCCACGGAUGGAGAGAUGAUCCUAUCAGGCAGCAAGGAUGGGCUGGUGGCUGUGAGCAGCCCUCGCACUGGCAUCACCCUGUGUGUCCUUGCUGAGCACAGGGGCUGUGCCAUCACCGUCCUGCACUGCACCAGCAAGCAGUACCAUGCCUUGGGGGUGGAAGGAGGGGAGCUCUGGCUGGCCACCAGCUCCGACCGCCGGGUCAGCGUCUGGGCCUCCGACUGGCUGAAGGACAAGUGUGAGCUGCUGGACUGGCUCAGCUUCCCAGCACCUGCUGGCCCCCAGGAGGGUCUCAGCAGCCUCCCACCCAGCCUGGCCGCCUUCUGCCCUUGGGAGCCCGGGACCUUGGUGUACGUGGGCUUUGGGCUGCAGAAGGAAGCCCUGUUUUACAGUCUGCACAAGAAGCAGGUGCUGAGGAAGCUGUCCUUGCCGUACUUCGCCACGUCCCUCAGCCUGUGCCCCGCGGCUCCUUUCAUGGCCGUGGGCUUUGGUGAGCGGCUGCUGCGGCUGCUGCGCUGCCCCGCGGGCGCUGCCCAGGACUACGCCGGCCACGACGACACCGUCCAGCUCUGCUGCUUCGGCCCCUCCGGCCGCCGGCUCCUCACGGCCUCCCACAGCGCGCUGUUCGUCUGGGAGCUGGCGGGGGCCUGA